AAACUUUCAGCAGAAAACUCGCGACCUUUUUGUGGUUUCUGUAGUUUGCUUUAUAACACGAAAUGUGGAAUGGAAAAGUUCAGUUGGCUUCAACAGUUGAACUUUAUUUCACGGAGACUGUCAUGGACCCGGAGCGAGAGAGAAUUAAAAGUGGAUGUCAGAAGAUUCUGGAAGGAAUAGAUUCAAUGUCUUUGGUAAAUUUAGAUGACCAGCAAGUACACUCAUUGGUAAUGAUGAGAGAAAUAGCCCGUGGGGUUGUCGAUGAUAGAGAUAGAAAGGUGACAAAGAAUGACGUGCUUAGCGCAUUGCGCAACAGUAUCGAGAAAAUGGUGUGUGCAUCCAGGGAUAUUAUUGAAGUAAUAAGCAGGGUGUCGUUUGAAGGCUUGGAUGACCAAAGAGUGCAUUUAGUAUUGAGGAUGAAAGAAAUUGCACAUGGGAUUGCUGAUAAACAAGCAAGAGCUGCAAUAACUAGGCAUGACAUGCUUGCGGAACAAGUUGCGGUUGGUUAUGACGGGAUAGGUUAUAGUCCCAUGGCUGAGUCAGCAAAAACCAGCAAUGGUGAUGUCCUGAUAGAUGGGGGACAAGGCAUGAUAAAUGAAAAUGAGAUGUUGGAGGUAGAACAUGUGUUAGGACUUGAAAAUGGAAUAGAUGAAGUACCGGAGUCCCUGUUGCCAUCUUCCUUUCAGCAAUUUCUUCUGUGGCCUCCUGAUGAUUGCAUCACCUUAGAGUGGGUUCAAGACAUGAUGUUCACUCUUGAGCAGGCUUCACAGAAGAUGUUGCCAUCUGAGUUCUACCAUGUCAUACCAUCAAUUUUGGUAGAUAAAUUGACAGAUUCUGCUCGCAGUAUACUAUGUAAAGAACCAAAUUGUGUGGAGAUCAAUUGUCAAGAAGAUUCAAGGGUCAUUGUAGUAGGCGACAUCCAUGGGCAGUUUUAUGAUUUACUGUUUCUUUUUAAGCAUAUUGGCAUGCCUUCUGAGAGCCAGGUCUACGUUUUCAAUGGAAAUUAUGUAGAUAAAGGAGCAUGGGGUCUGGAGGUUUUUUUGGUCUUGCUAGCUUUGAAGGUCUUGAUGCCUAACAGAGUAUAUCUACUACGUGGAAAUCAUGAAUCAAGAUAUUGCACUGCAAGAUAUGGUUUUAAGAAGGAGGUGCGGACAAAAUAUGGUGGCCAAGGUGAAGAUGUAUAUAAUAAAUGCCUAGAGUGUUUCAAGGAACUUCCAUUAGCUUCAGUUAUAGGUGGCUGUGUUUAUACUGCUCAUGGAGGGCUUUUUCGUAGUAUAAAGGCUGCCCCUUUGCGAAAGCCAAAGAGAAAGAAGACUCAAAGAGUGGAUCUUGGCUCAUUAACUGAGUUAUCCGAAGUUAAAAGAUCUUCUGUAGAUUGCCCUCAUGAAGGUCCUAGCGUAUUAUUGAGUGACGUUGUUUGGUCAAAACCAUCUAAAAAGGAUGGCCUGAGGGAUAAUACAGGUCGGAAAUUAGGUCUAUGGUGGGGUCCUGAUUGCACUGAAGCUUUCUUAAAACAGAACAGAUUGAAGCUGAUCAUCAGAUCACAUGAAGGACCUGAUGCAAGGGUUGGUCAGGAUGAUUUUGGGGAUAUGUUGUGUGGAUACAGCUUGGAUCAUGACGGAGAAUCAGGAAAAUUAUAUACACUUUUCAGUGCUCCUGACUACCCACAGUUUGGUAAGAGGAGAUAUAACAAUGAAGGAGCAUAUGCAAUUUUGAAAUCGCCUGAUUUUGAAAGUCCUAGUUUUCACUCGUUUAAAUCUGCAGAAAGACCAAAGGUGGAUCCUUAUAUUUAUUAUGAUGCUGAUGAAAUGGACUUCAGCAAACUAGACUCUCCGCAAAUGAAUGCACAGGCCUCAACCUCUGGUAUUUCAUCUGCCCAAAGAUCUUAUCCAGCAGGCGUGAUGCCAGAGUUUGACUUCGCGGCAUUGGGCAUUUAUAAUGCCCCAUCUUGGAAUGUCCAGCUUCCUGAUGGUUCAGGUGGUACCCAAGCUGUGCAGCUUCCAAGGGCUCCUCUGGUGGAAGGACUGCCUCUUCCUCAAAACAUACAGGAACCUCACAAGGCUGCUUAUGAGUAUUUGUUUGAGCUCAUUGCUUCCUUAAAGCUUGUGCUUAUGAACAGGGAGACUGAUAACCGGACAAGUCAGUCAGCUUUGCGAGGUAGAGCUAGAAAACGAAAAGGAGGAAGCAGUAAUUAGAUAGGGUAGUGGCCAAGGCAAGAUUCUACCUGAGGAAUUCGGUCAGAGAGCGGAGCAAUAGCAGAGAUAAAUAGACUGCUGCGGCAGUCUUCCUUGACUCUUGAGGUAUAGGAAUAGGUAAAGAAGCUGGGUAUGAAUGCAUUGUCGAAUUUAUCUGUGGAUGAGAAGCUCCGCAUUAAACUUGCAAAGAGUCAUUUGCUGCCAUUAAUUAUCAAGUACCUGGAAGACGA